AAUUCUUGUCUAUUUAUGUGUCAAAACACGGGCCUGCAACAAAAUCCUUGUGAAAAUCAAGCGAUUAAUCUUGUAUACUAGAAAGGGGAUCUCGUUAACCAUUAAUAAGGUAGAAGAAGAAGAAGAAGAAGAAGAAGUAUACUAGGAACGUAUCAGAAAAAGAAUGGGGGAACGUUAUAACAUCCAUAGUCAGCUGGAACAUCUCCAAUCCAAGUACAUUGGAACAGGUCAUGCAGACACAACGAAAUUUGAAUGGCUGGUUAAUCAGCAUAGAGAUUCUUGUAGCUCUUACAUGGGGCAUUACGACCUUCUAAAUUUUUUCGCGCUAGCUGAAAACGAAGCUAAGGCACGUGUCAGAUUUAAUCUGAUGGAGAAAAUGCUGCAGCCGUGUGGCCCACCUCCAGAAAAACCUGAAGAUUAAUCUGUUCUGUAAAAAGUAAGCUACUAAAUAUGUAAAACCAACUUUUUUUUGUUAAUCU